UUUUUGGCUAUUAUUUCGAAAAUGAAACAUUUGCGACCCCAUGUUCAUAGGAACAUGUUUUCUUAUUUUUGAUACUGGAAUACGAAGUUUGUAAACACUUCUGACUCACUGUGUAUAUGCACGGACAUUUUUUAUUUUCAUUAUGUCAUUGUACAUGUUUGAAUUCUGUUGCAGAAUGGUUACGGCAAAACUUCGUAAGGCAGCGACUGGUUUCUUUGUUGUAUUUUGCCUGAUCCAAUGUAUAUCUAUUUGAUAUAUUAACAUAUCUGUUAAAAGAGUAAACAAACCACGGUGGUAAUGAUGUUACUUUUACUCACGUAAUGUAAUUUGAGCAAUUAAGAAUUUACAUGUAAAUUUUGUUUCUUUAGGGAGUUUCUUGUCGGCAUGUUACCCAUUGAUUGUUUCAAAAUGGCGGAGAAUAACUACGACGUUUUACCAGAAACAGGGGCUGUUUUCACAUUUGGACGUAGCCGGUUUGCUGAUAACAUACCAAGUCAUUUUUAUAUUAGAAAUGAUCCUAUUUUGGAAGUAGCUUGUGGAGAUGAACAUACUGCUGUUAUCUGUCAGAAAGGAAGAGUGUUUGUAUUUGGGAAUAACGAUUAUGGACAACUUGGUCUCGGUCACAAGAAUGUUACUGUGAAGCCAAGCUGUGUGAAGAGUUUGAAGCCAGAAAAGGCUACUCAUGUUGCAUGUGGAAGAGCACACACAUUGCUUAGUACAGAUUCAGGUAAAAUAUUUUCAUGGGGGAACAACAGUGAUGGACAGUUGGGUGUUGGUGACGUGGCUGAUCGUUCAGCACCGACAAGAGUUUUGGGUAUACGUGAUGAAAUCAUUCAGCUGUCAGCAGGAUGCAUUUCUUCUGCUGCACUCACAGCAUGUGGACAUGUUUAUGUUUGGGGUAGCAAUUCAGGUGGUCAGCUUGGGCUCCCAGAAACAAAUGAUAGUGUUUUGAGUCCUGUUUUAAUGCCUUUUGACCAGCAGAUUGUUCACAUCAGUUUUGGAUAUUAUCACACAGCGUUUGUUACAGCAAGCAGCACUUUAUACACAUGUGGAGAAAGUGAAUCAGGAAAGUUAGGACUGCCUGACAGCCUUACCAACAUUACUUCUCCUCAGAAAGUGACGCUUGGAAUUCCAAUAAAAUCUGUUUUCUGUGGUGGAAAUCACACAGUUGCAUUGGCAGCUGGUGGUGAGGUGUUUGCAUUUGGCAAUAACUUUAAUGGUCAGCUGGGUCUCGGAGUAGAUGUUCCUCAAAGUGUACUGCCAACAAGGGUCACAAGUUUAGAAGGUUGUGUGAUCAGAGAUGUGGCAUGUGGUGAGAGCCAUACAGCAUUUAUAACAGAUGCAGGCAGCCUGUAUACAUGCGGGGAAGGUCGACAUGGGAAACUUUGUAGUGAACAAGACAACGACAAUCAGUUGAUUCCAUUUAAAGUUACUAAGUUCAAGGGAUACACAGUUCAGAAAGUUGCUUGUGGUGGAUGCCACGCAAUGGUCUUAGCCAGUGCAAGGCAAGAUGAUGAAAAUGGAUUAGACCUCAUCAGUCAUUCACUUGAAUCUGAAAGUGAGGAGAAUUCAGUCUGGCCCAUCAAUAAUUGGAAUACAUUACCACCUUUGCAACAUAUUCCAGUUCAAAGUCCCAAUAACAAUACAGAAUCAAUUCGAUCCUUCCAAGAAGAUCUAAGUAGUCGUGUGGAUGAGAUGGUGAUAGAAAGAGAUCUUGAAGUGAAGUCUGCUUUGUCAGGAAGGAAGGAGAGCAGUGGUGCGGAUGAUGAUAUUGAUGAUGAAAUGUCAGCAAAGUCUGCCAAACCUAAAAAUGGUAAAAAGGAAGUUAUUUCAAAGUCAAUGGGUGUUACUGAAAAUUCAGAUGUCAAUGAUGAAAUAAAAAGUACUGAUGAUAAAAGUGAAGGUGACAGAAGUAACUGUGAUGAUGGUGGUGGUAAUCAAGAGGACAACAGUGAUGUAAAAAUGGAAUCAGAGGAGAAUAAAGGCGAUGCACUACAGUUUCAAGUGACUCUGAAGGUGGUGUUGCAGGCCAUUGGUACAUGGUAGCAUCCAGAAAUUUUUAAAUUUCUCCAUGAGUGGUAGCAGAAGUAUGUAGCUGCUAAAGGAUGCCAUUUUUUAAUAGAACUGCAUCUGAGGCUUUAAUUCUGUCUCAUUUGAGAGGGUAGAGUAGCUCGAUUCUUCAGUGCUUUUCGUCGCAAGAAACCAUCUUAAGCACAGUCUGCUGGAUUUGAAAGCUGUGGUGAGCAACUUUCUGUCACAGAGAAACGUCAGAGAGCAACUAGUGAGGGCAGAGUUUGGAGAGAUGAACAAGGACAUCGUGAUGCUCAGCAAGGGAGAGGAGACAGUUGGAGGAAUGAAGCAUUUACUAAGAGCAUCACAGCACUCCACUCCUGUCAUUGUUAUGGAUGGGACAGUUCUGCCAUGUGGAGGAGCCCACUGUGCAUUAUGAACAGAAUAGUUCUGCAAGGGUGCUGAGUGAGGCGUUAUUUAAUUUUUCACCUGUUAGUCAAUAUUUUUAUGUAUUUUAGUCUGAUCAUAACAGAAGGCAGUUGUGGUAAGCAUUCAGAUUUUAAAUGUAAGAACAUUUUAUGAGUUUGUGAUGAAAUGUUUUUCAACUGUCCCAUUAUGGAGACCAUUAACAAUUCCAUUACUCACCUCCAUUACCAACCACCACCACUGACACCUUUCAGAUCAAACAAUUUUCUUUGAUUGAGCUUUAAACUUUGAAAUCAUGCACACUAAAUUUUACAAACAGUUUUAAUGCAGUUCUGUUUUAAUUAAGUAAAAGUUAUUAGCUAAGUUUCUGAUUUUGAAUUGUAAUUUCUAAACUCUAAAUUAACUUUCUUUGUAAAUAAUGUUGCUGAAGCUGUGGAACUGUUCACACUGAUGACACAUUUUUUAAGUCUUCUGACAUGUCUGUAAUGUGUAUUGUACUUUUAGAAGAAUUAUUUUAUUUUAUUUUUUAUGUUACAAGUUGUACUGGCUGUGUUUAUAAAUUAUUUAUUUUGUGUUUUAUAGUA